UAAUCAUUGUACAGUUUUCCCGUGAAUGUUGUCUGUUGGUGGGCUCGUCUCUGGAGCUCCGGCACCCGCUCCUCUCUGGUUUCGACACGGUGAAAAUGAGCGACCAUCUGAGAACACUGCUGCAGCUGUCCAGUCAACUUCUGUGGGUGGUGGGGUUGGUGGUGGGCUUGAGUGGAGGCUACCUGCUGCUGAAGUACAAUGAGUACAGCUUGUUUUUCCCUAAGGACGACAUCACGAUGCCAGCAGUCCUUACUCUGGCCAGCACUGCUGUUCUAUUGGUCUGUGGGCUCCUGGGCUCGUGGCUCAGUGUCAAGGAGUCUACUUUUCUGCAGGGACUGUUUGUUUUUCUCUUAGUUGUGGUCUUUUGUCUUCAAAGUUCUGCGUCGGCGUUGGCUUACUAUCAUUCUGGAAAGCUGGAUUCAGAGAUGACUUUCUUGGCUGAGGUCUUUCACAACUAUACAGGCAGCAGUCUGGACGACAUCUCUCGAGCUGUGGAUGCUACACAGGAAAAUUUGCGCUGUUGUGGUAUCACAGGCUACAGGGAUUGGAGGGAAACCCUCUGGUUCAACCAGACUGGAGGACACUUUGUUCCUCACAGCUGCUGCAACUCGAGCUUCCAAUUCUGCAAUGGAUCUAUUGACAAUCCAUGGUAUCUUUACUCUCAGGGCUGCCAGGUGGCGCUAGAGAGUGCAUUUCAGUUUGUGCUGAGUUUCAUCUACUGGGGUGGACUAAUUGUUUUUCUGUCAGAGGUUCUGGUUUAUCUGACAGUGGUGCAGCUAAUGGAAGACAAUGCCAAUAUCGAAUAUCACAUACUGAGCAAACACAGAACACACUUCUGUGUUGUGCGCUGAUUGUGUAGCUUGACAGUGUGUCAACAUACAGCAGGAGUGUUAAUGUGACUCCUACUUAUGAUUGAAGCCAUACAUGUGACACUUAAGUGUUUUGGAAAAUUGAAGUUUAUCAAAUUCUUGCACAUCAUCUGUGACAGUAAUUGCUGGAAAAAUGAGAAAAUCACGUUUUAUUUGCACUAUAUCUGGAACUUUUGCUACUCUGAGAAAUCUGAGGUGCCAAAGAAAGUGUCUUAGGUGUUUUCUCUUUGUACUGUAUUGUAUUGUGUUGUUUUUCUUCACAAUUUACAUUCUCUGAUCAUUUUGAUCAAAUUUAAUUUCUUCAUGGUAAGUG